AUGAAAAGAGGAACAAGAGAUAAGGCUACACUGGAGGCAAUUAUUGAACUUGAUAAACGCUGGACACCAAAAAAUGAGGCUGUACUUACAGAACUACAAAGAUUACAGAUGGCCGAAAUGGAUUUAAAGGAAAGACAAAGUGAAAUAAACAAUGCUAUGCAAUUACGUCAAGCAACAUCUGUUUUUCAAACAUUUCCACGUGUACAAAAGAAUCUACCAGUCAAAUCAGAAAUCCCAAGGCAUUUAUUUAAUUUUCCGUCAGAGAAAACUCCUGAUUCAGAAUCAACUGUAAAAACUCCCGAACUGAAGAUCGUAAACACUUAUAAGUAUGCAUCAUUUUUUAUCUCUGAUCUAAAAGUGCUUAAAAAUGGUACAUUUGUGAUACAAGACAAUGCAAAAAUAAAGUACUUAGUAGUGGAAAAUUCUGAACUGAAACAGAUUUGUACAAUUGGCAUAGAAGAAAUGCAACCUGGAUGUAAUGACAUGACAGUAACUGAUGAUUGCACGGUCUAUCUAUCAGAGUGUAGAGGGCAUGAUGUAAUGUGUGUGAAGAAAGGCAUGAAGCUAAAAAGAUUUGCAACAAUAGCCCAUGAACCCCACGGUCUCCAUGCAAAGGAUAAUGAAACAUUACUUGUUGGUUUUAUUUCUGGUGUCAUUAUAUUUAAUUUACAAGGGAGACAACUUCAAAAGUUUGAAAUGGACACAUUCUUGUGCCCUGAAAAAUUGACGACAAACUUGAAUGGCGAUAUUUGUAUAAUUGAUCGUAGCGUUGGCGAUCCAGACUACAUGUAUGGAAAGAUUGUUGUACUCGGUUCAAAGGGCGAGUUGAAGUGGACUUACAGUGGUCAUGGCAUUGAAAAUAGUUCCGAGGAUGAAUUUUCACCCUGCUGUAUUGUCACUACAGAAAAAGGAAAUAUUCUUACAUCAGAAAGUAACACCAUUCAUAUGCUAUCAAAAGACGGAAAGUUUAUCAGAAGUUUUGAAGAAAAACAGGGUAUUCCUUCCUCAAAUAUUGUAGCGGUUAACAACAAUGGACAAUUAAUCCUUGUUGAAAUGAGUGGAGAGAUUUCUAAAAUACAUAUAGUUGACUUAAUUAACAUUUAAAGAAUUCUUUGUAUGAGUGUUAUCAUGUAGAUUUUAAACUUGUUAAUUAUCUUAAAUUGAAAUAUAACGUAAUCAUCAAUUACAAAUCCUCAGCCCUCAGUAACUUAUAUAUCCCCAGCCCUCAGUAACUUAUAUAUCCAAGGCCGUAGCGCAUGUCCAAAUCAACUGAGGCAAAUCGCCGAGCGGAGCGAGUCGAAAUUUUUUUAGGGGGGUUCGGGUGCCUGAAACGGGAGAAGCUUAUUUCAGCAUUACUAUGGGAGAGGUCAAUGUAUUUAUAAUAAAAAACAAAAAAAAUAUAACAGAAAUGCGUUUUUUUUUAUUAGCUAGCCUAGUAAGUAACAAAACAAGUUUCAAUAUUAAAGUUAAUCUCUGUUGGUCAACCAAAACUUUCCGAUUCUCCUGUGACCUGUACUAUCGAAAAGCUUCAACACACGUUCUUUGUCAACUGUAUCAUUCCUAUGCACAUGGAGCAUGGCAAGCCCACAAAGCCUGUCACCACCCAUUGUAGCCCGUUCCCAGGUUUUCAAACGCCUUAAACUUGAAAACGAUCUCUCACAACAGACUGAUGUGACAGGCAGAGUUAAAAGUACUUGUAAUAUUAUGAAAACAUUUGGGUAUAAGUCUUUGUUAGCUAGCUUAAUUGCUGUCUGGAGGCUUCCUUCAUCUAGCAUUGCUACUGUCUUUCUUACCCACCUUUCAAGUUCA